AUGCCGUCGUUUCCUGUUUUGUUUUGCGUGCGAACCGAUUGAUACUUGUUUAUCCCGUUUAAUUAUGAACUAAUGAUUAUGAAAAGAGUCCGCAAUCAAUUAACACUCUCUCUCUCACACAUACACACACACAUAUGAUAUUAUUGUUAUUUGAACGUUUGUGUUUAAUUGUCGUUAUGUGUGUGUUUCGAUAGUCCCGUGUGUUCGGCCCUGCACAAGGGAAAGCAGCUGAUGAACGAGGUGAUCUCUCUGCACGUCGACAAGCUGUUCACGCUUCUCUUCACCAGCUCCAAGUUCUUCCUCGACUUUCACGAAGGCCGCAAGACGACCGAUCUCAAGCAGACUUUGUGGUCGAUAGAUGCAGAGAACAUCAAGAGUCGCGUCAUCAAUUUGACCGUCGCCCUCAAUCAACCGGUCGGACCGAAAACUGCACAGGUCACCGAAAAGCAGCCGACGAAAUCGUCAAAGUAG